AUGCAUUUCUAUUCUAUCCUCGUUGCCACUCUUGCCUUGGCGAUUUCCACUGCCUUUGCCAGCGAUGCCCAGUAUCAGCAGAAUGCCGGUACCGACUGCCUUAAUAUUUGCAAGGAGGAAUCAAACGGCUACACAUGCCCUCCUGGUACCGAAAAAACCCAGCUUUCUAACGGCUGUUGGACCUGCUGCGAUACUGAGUAA